UCGAUGGGCCACAGCGCCGAGACGGGCCCGUGGGCGGUCGGGUUCGAGGACUGGGUCAACGACGAGGGCGCCGACGCACGCAGGGAGCAUUUCGACCGCAUCGUGCGAGGGUGGAAGCACGCCGGCAUGUUUCCCGAGUGCCUCGGCGGAUGGCGCGACGAGUUCUACACGAUCUAUGGACCGCCGCCACCUCCUUCGCCCGAGGGCGACGACAACCCGCUCGCGACGGGCUCGAACGAGGCGUUCCGCAUGGAGCGGUCGGCGUGCGCCCUGUUCGGCUUUGCGACGUUCGGCGUCCACUGCACGGCUUAUGUCGAGGAGGAGGGCGAGCCGCUCAAGCUCUGGGUCCCACGCCGCAGCGCGACAAAGCCGACCUGGCCCUCGAUGCUCGACAACACGGUCGCCGGCGGCAUCACGGCGGGCGACUCGCCGCGCAUGUCGAUCAUUCGCGAGUGCGCCGAGGAGGCUUCGCUUUCGCCGGCGUUCGUCGCGUCGCGCAUCAAGCAGGCCGGCGUCCUCACGUACCACUACCGCACCGCCGCCGGCUUCCUCCAGCCCGAGGUCCAGUACGUCUACGACCUGCGCCUGCCUGCUCCCGGCAGCGCAGAUGCCGCCGAGGGUACGCAGCCGAGCACGAAUCCGGCCGACGGCGAGGUCGAGAGCUUCGAGCUGCUCUCGCUCGACGAGACGGUCCGCCGCAUGUGCGACGGCGAGUUCAAGCCCAACUGCGCCCUCGUCCUCAUCGACUUCUUCAUGCGCCACGGCCUCCUCACCUGCGAGAGCGACACGCGCUUCCUCGAGAUCGCCGCCAGGCUCCGCAAGCCGCUCGGCCUGCCGGGGCCUGCAUGAGGGAGCGAGCUGGGCUUUUACUGUGUCGCGAGACGUAGUUGCAAUCGGGUCUUUCCUUUC